UAUUGGCUGUCGGAUGGACGCCUCUCUCUGCAGGCUGAAGGUGAACCCGGCCCGUCUCUCUCACUCUGCCCGUCUCUGGAAGCACCUUCUCCCCCUCACUGCCUCCUCCUCGUCCUGCAGCGGGAUCAUCUUGCCUUGCACUUAGCCAUGUCCAUAUUCAGCGAUGUCCCGCAGGCUCCUCCGGUGGCAGUCUUCAAGCUGACGGCUGAUUUCAGGGAGGACAGCCACCCGCAGAAGGUGAAUCUGGGGGUCGGAGCUUACCGUACUGAUGACUGCCAGCCCUGGGUGUUGCCAGUGGUGAAGAAAGUGGAACGGCUGAUCGUGGAGGAUGACAGCCUGAACCACGAGUACCUGCCCAUCCUCGGCCUGCCCGAAUUCCGCUCCGCCUCCUCCAAGGUCGCCCUGGGAGACGACAGCCCUGCAAUCAAGGAGAACAGGGUGGGAGGUGUCCAGUGUUUGGGUGGGACAGGUGCGUUGAGGAUCGGGGCAGAGUUCCUGCGACGUUGGCACAACGGCGUCAACAACACAGCAACGCCCGUCUAUGUCUCGGCGCCCACCUGGGAGAACCACAAUAGUGUGUUUUCUGAUGCUGGCUUCAAAGACAUCCGGCCCUACCACUACUGGGAUGCUGCUAAUAGGGGCCUGGACCUCGCCGGGCUCCUGGAUGACCUGGAGAAAGCUCCAGAACACUCCAUCUUUGUCCUCCACGCCUGCGCACACAACCCCACCGGCACCGACCCGACCCAGGAGCAGUGGAAGAAGAUCGCAGAGAUCAUGAAGAGGAGGAACUUGUUUGUGUUCUUUGACUCAGCUUACCAGGGUUUCGCCUCUGGCAGUCUGGAGAAAGAUGCCUGGGCCAUCCGUUACUUUGUCUCAGAGGGCUUUGAGCUGUUUGUGGCUCAGUCUUUCUCCAAAAACUUUGGCCUUUACAAUGAGAGAGUUGGCAACCUGACUGUGGUUGCCAAGGACAGCGAGAACCUGACCCGCAUCCUGUCCCAGAUGGAGAAGAUUGUCAGGACGACUUGGUCCAACCCGCCGUCUCAGGGAGCACGUAUCGUCAGCAAGACACUCAACUGCCCCGAGCUCUUCGCUGAAUGGAAAGGUAAUGUGAAGACCAUGGCAGACCGUGUCCUGCUGAUGAGGGAUCAGCUGAAGACCAAGCUGCAGGAACUGGGCACCCCGGGUACCUGGGACCACAUCACCCAGCAAAUCGGCAUGUUCAGCUUCACCGGCCUGAACCCCAAACAGGUGGAGUACAUGAUCAAAGAGAAGCACGUGUACCUGAUGGCCAGCGGUCGCAUCAACAUGUGCGGCCUGACCACCAAGAACAUCGACUAUGUCGCUCAGUCCAUCCACGAGACCGUCACCAAGGUCCAGUAAAGGCUGCAACUGUCCGUCUAUUUUCAGCCUCCUGUAUGCUGCAGGAAGUAUCGUUGUGUGUGUGUGUGCCCUUGUACCCCCUCCCUUCCUCAUCCUAACCUCCGAUUGGUUAAACUGCAGCAGGGAUUUUGCAGUUGAACCAAUGGGAGGAGAUGAUUCUCUGUUCUCACUUGAAGGUAUAAACCUUUCGGGAGGUGCAAUGAUUUUAGGAAGACACUUGAACGCACACAGCCAGGUCUAACUGUCAGCAAAGCUUCAUACCCCAAUGUGUAGAUGAUAAAAUCAUUUUAUUUCAGGUUUGCCUGUUUUUGUGCUAUUUAAAUCAUUUCUGGUCACAAAAACUCAUUUCAAAUCUCUUAAAUUUGUGUCUGCCCUGUAAGAUUUUAAUAUUUCUUCAAUACUGUGUAGCACUUCGAAGGAUUAGAUAUGCUGUAUCUGUAAGAUUGAACAAAAUGCCGUUAAUGUAAAUAUCUGUAAUCACUCUUAGAGGUCCUAUUUCCUGUGUAAGUACUGAACUAAUUGGUAAUCUAUACACAAAGCAACAAAUUGUUCAUAAAAGUUGUUUGUUUGCUUGGUUUUAAUUUUAAAUGCAUUGUCGGACGACAGCUAAAAGCUAUGAUCAACUCAUCCAUGGAUGCUUCUUAAUGUUGAGGUCUAAAGAAGGGCAUUAUGAGCACAACGGUUAUUGUCUCUGUCAUGUGACAGGUUGAAAGGUCACUUAAAGGUAAUGCGUGUGCCUGGCGUAGGUUUUGCCUAGGCAGACCCGUGCAGCUACGUAGAAGAUCAUGUUAGUUCAUAAAGCGACUUUGUGUCAUCAGUGAACAAAAUCACCUCUUUUCUGUCCCUUUAUCGUUGUUUUCUUUCCACCCUGCAGUGCCCUUAUUCUGUUACAGGAAGCCUCUGUAAAGUCGGUUAAUGUAAUGAGCCACUCUGAUCAGACCUCAGAGCCUGGCACUUGUUUGCAAUAAAACCGCACUCCCAUUAUGUGGUGUUGUUUGUAAUGGCACACAGCAUUAUGUGUGUUCACACUGAAAUAAACUGUAAACCACAAGAACCAAA